CAACUUCUCCUAACAAAAUCGCUGCCAUACAACUCUCGCCCGCAAACACGUUUGACCUCAUCCAACAAAAUCAAUUUUCUCGAAACUAGCAACUUCGCCCAUCCACCACCAUGCCUAAAGAGAAGACUACCCGCAAGGCUGCCCCCAAGUCCAAGGCCGAUGGCGGCAAGAAGAAGAAGGACCCCAACGCGCCCAAGCGUGGUCUGUCUGCGUACAUGUUCUUCGCCAACGAGCAGCGUGAGAAGGUCCGCGAAGACAACCCCGGCAUCAAGUUCGGCGAGGUCGGCAAGCUUCUCGGAGAGAAGUGGAAGGCCCUGAACGAGAAGCAGCGCACUCCUUACGAGGCCAAGGCUGCUGCCGACAAGAAGCGCUACGAAGAGGAAAAGGCCGCUUACCAGGCUGGCGAAGAGGAAGAGGAAGAGUCCGAGUAGAGUUCUCAACUCAUCUGUGCUUUCAAUAACCCGCGCAUGCGUAAUGACGAUUUGUCAUGUGCGCACUGGGUAGCAAACCUCUCUCGAUUUCCUUUGUGAUAUUCCUGCUUCUUAAUGGGUUCGUUAUCUCUCUGCGGAGGAAGGUCUUGGGCUAGCAAAUCUGUGGUUCAUUUCGUUAAAGACGGCCGCAAUCAGUACGAUUCGCGCUGAUGGUGGGCUAAUGAUGUUUGGGCGUCUCAUCCUCCUUGACGCCACGAAAGGAACAUCACGAAGCUCAUGACCAAGUCUAUGUACACUAGUCAACUGCUAUAUGGAAAAUGUUUGCUGCUUCAA